AUGGAACGGUACUUUCAGAGAAAGAGUUUAAAUCCUCCUUCAAAUAAUCCGAGUAGUUCAAAUCCUCCCUCAAAUAAUCCAGCUAGUUCCAACCCUCCUUCAAAUAAUCCAGCUAGUUCAAAUCAACCUUCAAAUAAUCCGCCUACUUCACAUCCUCCUUUGAAUAAUUCGGGUAGUCCAAAAUGUUCGCAAGUCACUGAGUUCGGGGAGAGUAAUCGACGCUUUCUUGUGAAACGGUUUGAUUCAUUUGUUUGGUUGGAGUAUAGUAAAGAGAAAGAUGCUGCAUUUUAUCUUCAUUGUUAUCUUUUUAAAUGUGACUUUGAUAAACAAGGAAAGGCUGGAAGCCAUGUCUUCACUGAGAAAGGGUUUAAAAAUUGGAGGAAGGGACCCGACAGUUUUUGGGACCAUGUUGGACAAGUUGGAAGUCUUCACAAUAAAGCUACACAACAUUGUACAGAUUUAAUGAAUCAGAAGCAACACGUUGAAACCAUUGUGAUCAAGCAGACAGACCAAGCUCGUAUUAAUUGUCGUAUUCUAUUAACUGCCACACUUGAUUGCACUAGAUAUUUAUUGCGACAAGGUCUUCCUUUUCGUGACCAUGAUGAAAGUGAAACAUCUAGCAAUAAGGGUAAUUAUGUGGAGCUUUUGCAAUUUCUUGUCGAUCAUGGUGAGAAAGUUUGUGCCGUUGUGUUUGAAAACGCUCCAAGGAAUCUCAAGUAUAUUGCUCCUACAAUUCAAAAAGAUCUUAUCAAUUCUUGUGCCGCUGAAACCAUUGAUGCAAUUAUUAGUGAUAUGGACGAUGCAUUCUUUUCUAUAUUGGUAGAUGAAUCACAUGAUGUUUCAAUAAGAGAGCAAAUGGUAGUGGUGUUGCGUUAUGUGAACAAAAAAGGGCAAGUAAUUGAAAGGUUUGUGGGUGUCCAAUAUGUCUCUGAUACGACUAGUAGCAAAUUGAAAGAGGCAAUUGAGCAGUUGAUUUCUUCAACAAAUUUGAGCAUGUCCAGGCUACGAUGA